GACGUCCAUUCAUCCAUGGAUUCCGUCACAGUAUCGUAAAAUGUAGCUCGGAAUUCUAUCAUUGUUUUUAUUGCGCCAUUGCGUAAUUUUGUGAAUUCGAAAUAUAAAUAUUGUGCUAUAACCGUGAAAAACUAAAAAACCCUUCAAGAUGUCUUUCAUGGUCUCAAGGAAGGAAAUAUUGAUUACUGGAAAAUAUAAGGUCGUGAGAAGAAUCGGUGGUGGAUCAUUUGGUGACAUAUAUUUGGCGAUCAACAUCUCAAAUGGCGAGGAGGUAGCAGUGAAGGUAGAAUCUAUAAAGGCGAGACACCCCCAACUUCUCUAUGAAAGUAGAGUGUAUAAGAUGCUCCAAGGGGGCAUCGGGAUACCACACAUAAGAUGGUAUGGCUACGAGAAAGACCACAACAUCCUGGUGAUGGACCUGCUGGGCCCGUCCCUCGAGGAUCUGUUCAACUUCUGCUCGCGCCAGUUCACCAUCAAGACUGUGCUGAUGCUGGCAGACCAAAUGCUUGGCCGCGUGGAGUUUAUCCACUGCAAGUGCUUCAUCCACCGCGACAUCAAGCCCGACAACUUCCUCAUGGGCAUCGGCCGCCACUGCAACAAGCUGUACAUGAUCGACUUCGGCCUCGCCAAGAAGUUCCGCGACCUGCGCUCCCGCGCGCACAUCUCCUACCGCGAGGACAAGAACCUUACCGGCACGGCCCGCUACGCGUCGAUAAACGCCCACCUCGGCAUCGAGCAGUCGCGGCGGGACGACAUGGAGUCGCUCGGCUACGUACUUAUGUAUUUCAAUAGGGGAUCGCUGCCGUGGCAAGGCCUGAAAGCGAUCACCAAAAAACAGAAGUACGAGCGAAUCAGCGAGAAAAAGAUGUCCACGCCCGUUGAGGUGCUCUGCAAGGGAUUCCCGGCCGAGUUUGCGAUGUAUCUAAAUUAUUGCCGCGGCCUGACCUUCGACGAGUCGCCCGACUACAUGUAUCUCAGACAGUUGUUCCGCAUCCUGUUCCGCACGAUGAACUACCAGUACGACUACACGUUCGACUGGACCAUCCUGCGGCAGCGCAAGCAGCACAUGGAGGCGGGCGCCGCGCCGCCCGACCGCCGCUCGCCCUCCGUGCAGCGCCGCGCGCAGCAGCAGCCGCCGCAGCCGCCGCCCAACAACGAGGUAAAGUCAGUGAACGCCAACGAAGCUUCGAAGCAAGCGAUCAAGCAGUCCAUCAGUCAAGUCAAGAAAAUAUCCUAAACAUUCCCAACAUCACUCAACAUCACUAUGGAUACGCUACCGCCAGCUUAG